AUGGCGAAGACGAUGUUGGUUCAAAUAUUAUCAAAGGUUCCCUUAUUGGAGGAGGUAAGGGAGGAUUGCUUGGUGUGUAAAAAGGAACAAAGUGGUAUGUAUAGUGUGAAAACAGGCUACAAGCUUUGGUUGCAUAAUCGUCGCAAUCACAUAUUUUGCGAAGGCGGUGUGGAGGAUGAGUGGCAAGUGUUUUUUGGGUGCCCCCAAACGGCACAUUGUUGGACUAUUGUAAGGCUAGGUGAAGUUAUUGGCCCUAAAAUUGAGCAUGAGAGCGAUGUGAAGUCGAUACUUCAAGACAUUUUUCGGAGGGAGGAUAAGAGGGUUGCAGAUAGAGUGGCGGUUAUGUUAUGGGUUUUGUGGAAUAAUAGGAAUAGUUGGAUUUGGAAUAAUGAAAAGAAAGAUGUAAUCCAAUUGGGUUUCAAUAAUCAGUCAAGCACUACUAAUAGAGGGUGGUGCUUCAGAGACUGUUCUGGUCGUUUUAUUUUAGCAAGUACUUCGUGGGACUUUGGCAACCACACGGUUGUAGAAGCAGAAGCGUUGGCACUUAAGGAAGCGAUUCAAGGAGCUACUCAUAUGCACAUGGAGCGCAUUACCUUUGAAAGUGAUUCUCAAACGGUGGUUCAGGUUGUUAACAAUAAUUCCUUUGGUCAUUCUGAGUUUUGUGUUAUUAUUUCUAGUAUUAAGUAA